ACGUGCUCGCCUCUGCUCUGGACCAGGUCUAUGUCCCGGUUUCCCGCCGUCGCGGGCAGGGCGCCAAGGCGGCAGGAGGAGGGUGAACAGUCAAGAGACCCCCAGGAAGAGCGAGCCUCAGCCGUAUCCAUCGCUGACAGAGAAGAGAAAGGAUGCACAUCACAGGAAGGAGGAACUACUCCAACUUUUCCUAUUCAGAAACAAAGAAAAAAGCUUAUUCAGGCUGUGAGGGACAAUUCAUUCCUUAUUGUUACUGGAAAUACAGGAAGUGGUAAAACAACUCAACUCCCAAAAUACCUAUAUGAAGCAGGGUUUUCACAACAUGGUAUGAUUGGUGUAACUCAACCACGAAAAGUGGCAGCCAUAUCUGUUGCUCAGAGAGUAGCUGAAGAAAUGAAGUGUACAUUGGGAUCCAAAGUAGGAUACCAAGUUCGUUUUGAUGAUUGCAGCUCUAAGGAAACAGCAAUUAAAUACAUGACUGAUGGAUGUUUACUGAAACAUAUUCUGGGAGAUCCAAAUCUUACUAAAUUCAGUGUCAUUAUUUUGGAUGAAGCUCAUGAGAGAACUCUAACUACAGACAUUUUAUUUGGUUUAUUGAAGAAGCUAUUUCAGGAGAAAUCUCCUAAUAGGAAGGAACAUUUAAAGGUGGUGGUGAUGUCAGCAACUAUGGAAUUAGCCAAACUUUCUGCAUUCUUUGGAAAUUGUCCAAUAUUUGAUAUACCUGGAAGACUGUAUCCUGUCAGAGAGAAAUUCUGCAAUUUGAUUGGUCCACGAGACAGAGAAAAUACAGCAUAUAUACAAGCGAUUGUGAAAGUGACCAUGGACAUCCAUUUGAAUGAAAUGGCUGGAGACAUCUUGGUUUUCCUGACUGGCCAGUUUGAAAUCGAAAAAAGUUGUGAGCUACUUUUUCAGAUGGCGGAGUCUGUUGAUUAUGAUUAUGAUGUUCAAGAUACCACUCUGGAUGGCUUAUUGAUACUGCCGUGUUAUGGAUCCAUGACAACAGAUCAGCAGAGGAGAAUAUUUUUGCCACCUCCACCUGGUAUUAGAAAAUGUGUCAUAUCCACCAAUAUUGCUGCAACAUCUCUGACAAUAGAUGGAAUCAGAUACGUGGUAGAUGGUGGCUUUGUAAAACAAUUAAAUCACAACCCCAGAUUAGGGUUGGACAUCCUGGAAGUGGUUCCAAUUUCAAAGAGCGAGGCGCUGCAGCGAAGUGGCCGAGCGGGUAGAACUUCCUCAGGAAAAUGCUACCGGAUCUACAGUAAAGACUUUUGGAAUCAGUGUAUGCCUGAUCAUGUGAUCCCUGAGAUUAAGAGAACGAGUUUGACAUCUGUAGUUCUGACUUUAAAGUGCCUUGCCAUACACGAUGUUAUAAGAUUCCCAUAUUUGGAUCCACCUAAUGAGAGGCUCAUUUUGGAAGCACUUAAACAACUUUACCAGUGUGAUGCUAUUGACAGGAGUGGGCAUGUGACCAGGUUGGGCUUAUCUAUGGUGGAAUUUCCUCUCCCUCCGCAUCUGACAUGUGCAGUAAUAAAGGCUGCUUCUCUGGAUUGUGAAGAUCUACUACUUCCAAUAGCAGCCAUGUUAUCCGUGGAAAAUGUCUUCAUUAGACCGGUUGAUCCUGAAUACCAGAAGGAAGCAGAACAGAAGCAUCGAGAAUUGGCAGCUAAGGCUGGAGGGUUUAAUGAUUUUGCAACUUUAGCCGUCAUCUUUGAACAGUGCAAAUCAAGUGGAGCUCCAGCCUCGUGGUGCCAGAAACACUGGAUUCACUGGAGGUGCUUAUUGUCUGCAUUUCGUGUGGAAGCUCAACUUAGAGAACUCAUCAGAAAGCUUAAGCAGCAAAGUGAUUUCCCAAGAGAGACCUUUGAAGGUCCUAAGCAUGAAGUACUACGAAGAUGUCUUUGUGCUGGCUAUUUCAAAAACGUAGCUCGAAGAUCUGUUGGGCGAACGUUUUGCACAAUGGAUGGACGUGGAAGCCCCGUUCACAUUCAUCCUUCCUCCGCACUUCAUGAACAGGAAACUAAACUUGAAUGGAUCAUUUUUCAUGAAGUAUUAGUUACCACCAAAGUUUAUGCAAGAAUUGUGUGUCCAAUUCGUUAUGAGUGGGUAAGAGAUUUGUUACCCAAGUUACAUGAAUUUAAUGCACAUGAUCUGAGCAGUGUGGCCCGGCGUGAAGCAAGAGAAGAUGCAAGAAGGAGAUGGACAAAUAAAGAAAAUGUAAAGCAGCUUAAGGAUGGGCUAUCAAAAGAAGUCUUGAAGAAAAUGCAAAAACGAAAUGAUGAUAAAUCCAUAUCAGAUGCACGUGCUCGUUUCUUGGAGAGAAAACAGCAGAGGACGCAGGAUCACAGUGACACACUGAAGGAGACAGGCUAAGGAGUGGACCCUCCAGUUCAGGAAGUAGGAAUAACUGGCAGGAAAUGUGUCAGUUAUUUCAGACAGACUAUCAAGAGGAAAUGGUCGGCCGCUGUUAUUAGCCUGUGAGCUAAAACAAAUCAAAGCUCAUCAGUGGAACUUUCAGAGAAAAGAUUACAUCACCAUAGGUCAUAGGCAAUGUUACUGAAACCAAUGAAAGACAAGACAUAUAAUAUUUUCCUCACUUCAAUUUUGCUGGCCUUAACAGGUAUUAAAUACUGUCAUUGAGAUGUUUUCAGAGGACAUUGAAUUGUAUUUAAUCAGAGUGUAUUCCAUUUGCAUUGAAGCAUUAAAAUUAUUUUCCUUAAAUCUCUUUAAGGCCUUCUUGUUGCUAUCAAAAUAGUGUUAUAUCAGGUAUAUGAUCAUUUCCUUCAGAAGGCUGAACAUAAGAGGUUUUACUCAGCAAUACUUAGAUGUCUAACAGUUUAAUUGCUACAGAGCUUUAUAGAUACUUAGAAAAAAGACUUAAUUAGUAAAUAAGAAAAUUGCCUAUGGCAGGAUUCUUUCUUGAAUUAACCCUUAAGUUGAUAUUUCUGAGAUUAUACAAAUUACUUUUUAUAUAAAAGUAUAUUGUUUAAACAGUAGCUAUAGCCAUUAACCAAAGGACAGAUGAUAUAUAUAUAUAAGUUCGUUUUUAGUUGCACCUACAUACUUUGUUACCAGCAUUAUGUAUGUAGGUGUGACCGUGCUUUCAAAUAGCCCCCCACCAGACCGACUCUCUUACCUCCAAUUGCUUGGAGAAGACCAUUUAACCAUCAGUUAUGUCCAUCAUGAGAUGAUUUCCAAAGCAGCCAAUAACACAUCACCACUGUUUCCAAUUGGAACCUUGAUGCUAGUUGGUAGCACACUCAGGCCACACUCAGCAAUUUGUCCACUCUUGUUUACUGCCUUGUAUUCUAGUUAUUUGUAUAUUUGUCUAUCCACCUACCACCACCACUAGAUUAUACGCUCCUUGUGGGCAGGGACUUUGUCUUCAUCUUUGUAUCUUUCAUGGCAUCAAGCAUAGUGCUUUGCACAUAGUAGUUACUCGAUGUUGGUUAAAUAAAACUAUUAGUGUCAUUAAAAUUCAA